ACUGGUGUGAACAACGGAAGUGAUAUUGGAGAAAAUAGCGUUGAUCAAGGGGAAGCCGUCUCGUCUGGGAGCGUCAAUGCUGUAACAAGUAAACAUCAACAAUUGGAGAUAGAGGCAAUCAAUGAAAUUGAUGUUGAAGAAAUUGUUGGUCAGAACCAAGCAGUCGCGUCUAAAAGUUUUAAUGUUGUAUCAAGUCAGCAUAAGCAACUGGAGAUAGAAGUAGACAGUACUGAUCACAGUACUAUUAUCGAUCCAUCCUUUUCAACGAGGAAAUCUGAUAGUAAAGACGGCUUUCUUGACAAGCAGAAAUCCGUCGCACAGGGUUGAAACAGUGGUUUAGUGGGAUUCAUAAAUGGUGAAGUAAUUCUUUUGCUGUGAGCAUUUAUUUUUUUUUUGCCAAGGUUUUUUUUCUAGAAGCCUUUCACGGUUCACGUGAAAUUCCCAUCAAGGUACACCUUUCCUCAGACAGUCCUUCAAGCCAGCUCAACUAUUUUCAAAGUCGCCUUUUGCUGGACUGGACUGACUAAAAUGGUCGCCAGACAUAAAAUAUUGGUCGUUAGAUUGUAAUAUUUACAUGAAAGGUUUGAAAUAAUCUAGAUGGCUGCCUUUCUUUCGCUAUCAAAUUAUUUGGGGCUGCACGCGACAUCUGAAGACAGGUGUCUUACCUCGACAAACAGAGAGAAAAAGGCGAAUUAUGAAUAAAACAGAGCGUAAAUAUUAUUUCAUGCAAACAUUUGUCUCACUUAACUUCACAAAGGUCAUAGACACGGCUUGGCACAUGCCCGAAUUUGCGACUUUCAGCAUUUUAAUUUGUCAAAAGUUUUUUCUUCUCGCCAUGGCGACCAAUAUAGUCGUACCUUAGAGUGCUGUCAGGGAGUUUGAAGGUGACCUAACAAACAUUAGGCUUCAUAAAAUUGCUCACACACUCAAAUAA